AUGCUUUCGCGAACGCCACGAGCCAUCACUUCUACAAUCCCGUCCCUCCGUGUCUGUCGCCGCGCCUCGGUCUCGACGACACCGGCAGCUCGCCAAUUCCAGUCGAAACAGGCCCGAGCCAUCUCAUCUGCCUCGUCGCAGGGGCGGCGGCUUCGUCGGAGCUUCCAUUCGACGCCUGCAGCCCGCAAGGGCAUCACGCCCGGCCCGUCCGAUCCAACUCCUCCAAAACCUCAAUCGAGCCGAGUCGCAGGCGGCGCAGUCCAUGUAGUAGAGCCAACACCAUUGACGGACAAUCAGUAUCACGAGUAUGCCGAACAUUACUUGAACGUACUGCUAGCGGAGGUGGAAAGGGCGCAGGAGGAGGAAGGCUCGGAGCUUGAGGCAGAGUAUAGCUCCGGCGUCCUCAACAUCAUCGCCCCAGGCGUUGGCACCUACGUCCUCAACAAGCAGCCCCCCAACAAGCAGAUCUGGCUGAGCUCUCCCAUCUCCGGGCCGAAGCGCUACGACUGGGUCGUCCAGGGCGAUCAGAUGCACGAGAAGCAGGAUACUCGGGGGACCCUGAACGGACAAUGGAUCUAUCUUCGGGACGGGUCCAAUCUCACGGACCUGCUGAACAAGGAGCUUUCAAUAAGUCUCCCAAAAGAUAUCUACUCUGAGAAGGAAGACUAG